AUGCACACCAUUCGCACACUCGGUGGAUCAACUCGCGAUGAAGCGCUGGAUCCGCCGCAUAGGCCAGUCAACUAUGAUGACGAUGGCGCCGUGCGCACAGUUACGACACGCAGCCGUCAGAUCUGGCUAUGUCGCCCAGAAGCCUUCGACUUCGACGAUGGCACGUUUUCAAACCCGAACCACGGCGAAGCCUUCGGUAGGAUAGCCCGGUUCAUCCAGAAUUUGCCAGAGGAAGAACUGGUGGCCCUCGAGAACCUAGAUACCUCCUCAGUACAUACUCCGCUCCGCGACAUGGUGUACUGGAUGUGGAACCACGUGUUCUGGGAUGUAGCUCGUUUUUUGAGCGAAGUCAACUGUAACACUGGGACUUUCCGUCCUCCGGCACACGAAGUUCUAGCCAUUAACUAUCCUGAGACCCCAAUUGAGGCUGGGAAGAUGCAAAGAGUGACGCGGUUACAGUCCGAUUGCAACAUCAUGAUGGGGGCUGUUUAUGUGGCACCGGGCGUAAGGCUUCGGUUUCUGGUCGGGCAACCUGACCGGGAGAGUUUCAUGACGAGUGAAUUCGACUCUGAUGCAUUUGGACCCGAUGUCCUCGUUGAUGCAACGAAAGUGACUGGAUGCUACAACGAGCCAUACGUUCAUUGGAUACGACGGAACAGAAACAUCCAGGUCUUUUUGGAGGGACGACCUGAUCAGCCUAAAGGUGAACUGGCAGUAGUAUUUGUGUACGGCAAAUGCCAAUAUCAGCCUGAGAACACGGCUCACCCAUGCGUCAACUCAUGCGAUUGUGAUGAAGUUGAGGAAGGCGGCGAGGGUGACGAGCGGCACGUCGAUGACAACAAUGAGCGCAAACCGGAGGAUAAGCGAUAG